UAGAAAAUGAAUAAACCAAUUUCCUUAAUCCAACUAAAACGCCACCGUUUUAACAUUCUCUACCAACUUAUUCCGUUCUAUCGCGCGUGUUGCAGAGCAGAACCUUCCGUCAACACGUGUCAUACCCUCAGCUCUCACACGCUUCUUCCCUAUCGGAAACUUUCUCUCUUCUAGCUUUCUUCUUCUCACAAUUCCGGAAUCUUCUUCUUCACCUCAUCUUCGAAGACCUUCAGGUUUUUGUUUUUGUUUUUGUUUUUGUUUCCUUCUCUUGAUUAAUCAAAACUGUGAUACCAAUUCAAGUUUUGUUCCGUUAAAUCGCGAUGAACGACGACUCUCGCGUUUCAAAAUCAAAUUGUUUUGAAUCUGAAUUUUUAUUAUUAUUUGACUUUUUCGUUGUUGUUGAUGAUUGAUUACUAGUAAUGGCGUCAUCAACCGCUUUGAUUUGUGAUACCGAAGCGUGGAAGGAUUUGAAGGGACAUGUAGAAGAUAUUAAGAAGACUCAUUUGCGUGAUUUGAUGAGUGAUGCUAAUAGAUGCCAGUCCAUGAUGAUGGAGUUUGAUGGGUUGCUGUUGGAUUAUUCUCGACAGCGUGCAACUGUUGAGACAAUGGACAAGCUUUUGAACUUGGCAAAGGCUUCUCAAUUGACAGAGAAGAUCAGCCGCAUGUUCAAUGGGGAGCAUAUUAACAGUACAGAGAACAGAUCAGUUCUUCAUGUUGCGCUCCGUGCUCCAAAGGAUGCAGUUAUCAAGGCUGAUGGAAUGAAUGUGGUUCCAGAAGUGUGGAACGUUCUAGAUAAGAUCAAGGAAUUUUCUGACAAAAUUCGCUCUGGUUCAUGGGUUGGAGCCACUGGCAAACCGCUGAAAGAUGUCAUUGCGAUUGGUAUUGGUGGUAGCUUCUUAGGUCCACUGUUUGUCCACACGGCUCUCCAAACAGAUCCUGAAGCUCUAGAGUCUGCUAAAGGACGCCAGCUGCGAUUUCUUGCAAAUAUUGAUCCUGUUGAUGUUGCUAGAAAUAUCAGUGGACUAAAUCCAGAAACUACUCUAGUUGUGGUGGUCUCGAAAACGUUUACAACAGCUGAAACAAUGCUUAACGCCAGAACAUUGAGGGAAUGGAUAACAGCUGCUCUUGGGGCUUCAGCUGUUGCAAAACAUAUGGUUGCUGUCAGCACUAAUCUUGCGUUAGUAGAGAAGUUUGGUAUUGACCCGAACAAUGCAUUUGCAUUUUGGGACUGGGUUGGUGGAAGGUACAGUGUUUGCAGUGCGGUUGGAGUCUUACCUUUGUCUCUGCAGUAUGGCUUCUCCAUGGUUGAGAAGUUUUUGAAGGGAGCUUCAAGCAUUGAUCAGCAUUUCCAGUCCACACCGUUCGAGAAGAAUAUACCUGUGCUUUUAGGGUUGUUGAGUGUAUGGAAUGUAUCAUUUCUUGGAUAUCCUGCUAGGGCCAUCUUACCUUAUUCGCAAGCCCUUGAGAAAUUUGCUCCACACAUUCAACAGGUUAGUAUGGAGAGUAAUGGAAAGGGAGUCUCAAUUGAUGGUCUACCUCUCCCGUUCGAGACUGGUGAGAUUGAUUUUGGUGAACCUGGAACAAAUGGUCAACACAGCUUUUACCAACUCAUUCACCAGGGACGCGUAAUCCCUUGUGAUUUCAUUGGCAUUGUGAAGAGUCAGCAACCUGUGUACCUUAAGGGAGAGGUGGUCAGUAACCACGACGAGCUCAUGUCAAACUUUUUUGCACAGCCUGAUGCUCUUGCAUAUGGAAAAACUCCUGAACAGCUGCAGAAAGAGAAUGUUUCAGAAAAUCUCAUUCCCCAUAAGACAUUCUCUGGAAAUCGACCUUCUCUUAGCCUUCUACUUCCAGAAUUGACUGCUUACAAUGUUGGCCAGUUGUUGGCUAUCUAUGAACACAGAGUAGCAGUUCAAGGCUUUGUGUGGGGUAUCAAUUCGUUUGACCAGUGGGGCGUUGAGCUAGGAAAAGUUCUGGCUACUCAGGUCAGGAAACAGCUUCAUUCAUCACGCACUCAAGGAACCGCUCCCGAGGGAUUCAAUUACAGUACCACCACACUUUUGAAACGAUAUCUCGAGACAAGUUCCGAGCCCCAGAUGUGAUGACCAAGCCCAAGUUUCUCUCCUUCGACCAAACGUGAACCAUUUGAGCAUUUUUCACCCUUGUUCUUCUUUUUUUCACUGUCCCUGAUCAGAGUAUACUUUAUCGGCACUCAUAAAUUAUCUAAAAAUGGGUACUAAUAAUCCAAACCCCAUAAAAUCAGAAUUGGGAGCAUAAUAUCAGAGGAGCUUUUUUUCUCUAAAUUAUAUGCACAUAAAAUGAUUUAAGAAUAGUCGGCAGCCUUUUCGUAUCCGAAAAUCAACGUCGAGUGACUAUGUACUUCGAUCGAGUGUUUUGAUGCUUAACGUGUACGAUCAAAAACUUAACAUCCUUAAAAGAACGCACGACUUAGGAUACUUUCUCUUAUUGCUCAUCAGAAUUUCAUAAACCAUAGAAACAGCAUUUUUCAAGCUUGCAUGGCAAUCCGGUUAUUCCGAAAGAUAUUGUAUCUGAUUAAUGAUUAUAUACGUAACUAUUCACUUUAGAUUUUGUAGAAUAGCAUUCAUGUACCUCUGUUUACGGUUAUUGUAUAUAACAUACCUCUUAAAACAAA